AUGGUUUUCUCAUCUGUUCCCGUCUAUAUGGAUCCACCCAACUGGCAACAACAGCAAACAAAUCAUCAACAACAAGGAGGUGGUAAUGAUCAGAAUAAUCAUCAGCUUCCUCCGCCCCCACCUCAAGAAGCUGGAUGUAAUUCAGAAGGUGGCGGCAGCGGCUCAAGCUCGAUCAGGCCUGGAUCCAUGUCUGAUCGAGCCCGGCUAGCCAAGAUGCCGCAGCCAGAGACCGCACUGAAAUGCCCUCGAUGUGAAUCCAUAAACACCAAGUUUUGCUACUUCAACAAUUACAGCCUUUCACAGCCUCGUCACUUUUGCAAGACCUGCAGGCGCUACUGGACCAGAGGAGGAGCGUUGAGAAGUGUGCCGGUCGGAGGAGGCUGUCGAAGAAACAAAAGAAGCAAAGGCAGCGGCGGGGGCAGCAGGUCAAAAUCUCCAGCCGCAGCCGGUAAUUCCAGCUCAAGCACAGUCAACUCUUCCAACAGCUGCAGCACCAGUGACAAUAUCAUAGGCCAUUUGGCUCAUCCACCACCACAUCAAUUACCAUUUUUGCCCUCUUUACAUCAUCUUGGUGAUUAUGGUUCCGGGGACAUGAUAGGGUUAAAUAAUUUUGGGGGCAUGAACCAAGCUGCUGAUGUUGAAUUUCAACAACAUCAGUUUGGCUCGGACCGGUUGACGGUCCGGCCAAAUUUAGGCAUCAACAUGAUCAACACUGAGCAUUGGAGGUCAUCACUGCUUCAGCAUCAAGUUCAGCAAUUUCCUAAUUUCUUGGCUAAUUUGGAACCACCAACUAGUUCUCAUGGGAUGUACCAAUUUGAAGGUGGAAAUGUUCAUCAAAAUGUUGGCCUCCUUCCAAUGUCUAAGCCAUUGGAUUCUGUGAGUCCUGGGGUUGCUGCUACUCAGAUGGCUAAUGUGAAGAUGGAAGACAAUAAUCAUCAAGCAUUGAAUUUGUCAAGAAAUUUUUUGGGCAGCCUUGGAAAUGAUCAUCACCAAUACUGGGGUAAUAAUGGUGGUGGUGGCAAUGCUUGGACUGAUCUUUCUGGUUUCACUACUUCUUCUUCCACCAGCCAUCUCUUAUGA